AUGAGUCAAUCUUGUCAUAUUGUAAAUAAGGAACAUGAAAGAAAAGGAGAUACAUACAUUAAUAAUUGUACAUCAUUAUCAUUUCUACAUGAUAUUCCAUUUGAAUUUAAUUCAAAAUAUCGAAUUAUUAUUGUUUCUAAUAUAGAUAUUUCUGAGUAUGGUAAUACAAAUAAAAUUUGUGAUAUUCUUUCGAAAUCAAUUGAUUUCACAUUAGAAAACAAAGUUUUGUUAGAAGCAUUAGAAGAUUUAAAAUGUUCUUCAUGUAUUUCGACAAAUAUUCUCUUUUUAAAUAAUCCCUCAUCAUCUUUACAUCGUAGUUUAUUACCAACAAUUGAUCAUGUAUCGUCUAUUGAUACUUCUAUUCCAUUAAAACCUAUUUCUUCUCAUUCAUCUUCAGUUUGUUCACCUUCUGUACGUGAUAUAUAUUGUCCAUUUAGUAAUCAACAAGAAUAUUAUAUUCCAAUGUCAAUUAAUUCAAGUAAAUUAUCAUCGAAUUCAGUCAAACAAUCAAAUAAUUUAUUUAAUAAUUAUAGUUCCACAUAUAAGAAUGAUUUAAUAGCUAUAUUUGAUGAAGUCUUAACUUUUGAUAAUCCAUUUCAUGAUGCAGAACUUAAAUCAUUAAAUGGUAUUGAUGAAUUAAAUAAUUUAUAUUCAGGUAUUGGAUUAGCUAAUACUAAUCAGCGAUAG